AUUGGCUAGAGCACCAGCAGUUACAUAUACACCACACAAGCAUACACAAGUCAGCUUCAGGAACCUAGCGGUCGAGCGCUUGUCGGCAAUGGCGUCCGGUCAGGAUAAGGGGAGGUCGGAGCUGGACAGCUUGGCCCGCGAGGGGCAGACCGUCGUCCCUGGCGGCACCGGCGGGAAGAGCUACGAGGCGCAGGAGAAACUCGCCGAAGGGCGCAGCCGCGGCGGGCAGACUCGCAGGGAGCAGAUGGGGGAGGAGGGGUACAGCGAGAUGGGGCGCAAGGGCGGGCUGAGCACCAACGAUGAGCCCGGCGGCGAGCGCGCCGCCCGGGAGGGCAUCGACAUCGACGAGUCCAAGUUCAAGACCAAGUCCUAGACGUUCAGUUCAGUGCCUACUGCCUAGCUAGCUAGCAAAGCAGCUGACUGCUCGCUCGUGUUUGGAUGUAGUUCGUUUACUGUCAAGGUACUGAAUAAUGUAGGUCGUCAGGUACUCGGAUCUUGAUGUAAUAUGCAUGUAGGUGAUCAUGUGUACCGCUCGUGUGUGCUUUCAAGUGUCGCAUCUAGCUUCUACCAGUAGCUAGUAGAGUAGAGGUGUCGUAAGUUGUGACCAAGCUAUGGCGUUCUCUGUUAUGUAGUGCGUGUGCUGUUAUGAAUCUGAAUCUUCCGUCUUUGUGCGAUGUUCUAA